AUGGCCUCCGAUACCAAGUACGACUCCCACCUAGAAGAGGGACUGCUGCCUGUCGCUACCGACGAGAAGAGGGGUUCGACUAUCUCGAGAACGACCAAGGAGCCGACCAGGAAGAUGACCGGUCCACGUCGUGUCCUCAUCGCCUUCGUGGUGUGCGGACUGAUGACCCUCAGUUUGGCCUCCGUCCUUGGACACCGGGGCAUGCCUUGCGCGAGAGGGCACAAGUCUCAAGCUCUGCUCACCGAGGAUGACCUCAAGGACCCUGCCAAGGUGGAUCUUAUUCACCAGCUGCUCCAUGCCUAUUACCCGGACCGGUACCAGGAUGGCGUCUAUCCUUCCGACAAGGAGGCUAUCGAGGCUGCCGGAGCUGAUGAUGCCAAGUUGGCUUCCGCUCUGCUCCAGCUGGCCAAGCGUCAGGACAACACCACGGCAUCGGCUUCGGCUACUCAGCCUUCUGAGACAGCGUCCGCUACUGUAGCCACCACACCGAGCUCAGAGACCCCGGCCAACACCCCGACCCCGACCCCGACCACGGCCCCGACUACCACGGCGCCUCGGGAGACCACAUCUGCUGCGCCGCCGGAGACUACCACCACUCCGCCGGCUGAGACCACAACCACUCAGCAGCCACCAAGCACUCAGGAUCAGCCGACAACGACGCCUCAAACCACGAACCAGCCUGAGCCAACAACCACCCCUACGACUCCGGCGACAUCAGCAGCCCCCAACUCUGACGACGACUCGUGGGUCUCCUUCUUCUUCCCCUCCCCCUUCUACUACCCCCUCUUCUGCUCCCACUACGGCCUCCCCGGGGUCUUCGAGUGCGUCCGUGUCGGGUACGUCUACCUCCUCCUCUCUUCAGACUACUACGGCCGUGACAUCCUCGUCCCCAACCACUUCGAGUUCGUCCCCUACUACGUCGAGUUCGCUUGUGUCGUCUUCUUCAUCGGAAACUGGGGAGGCCUAUAUAGGGAGGACAACACUCGUCAAACCACGGCUGCGACCUCAUCGCGCAGAACCACCACUUCGUUCAGCGAGGUGCGCUCCACCUUCACCUCCACCGCUUCCAACGGCGAUGUUGUGCUCGUGACCGCAACCUCGGUCGUUGCCGUUCCUCCCGAGGCCGAGCCCACCUCGAGCUCCGGAGGCGGCAGUGGCGGUGGUCUCCAAAACGCCGCCGUCCCCAUUGGCAGCGUCAACUUCGGCCUGCCCCUGGCUAUCGCCGGAUUCGUCGCUGGCGCCAUGCUGCUUCUCUAA